AAUACUAGCAACGCUGUGUCUUCCAGUGAAAACCAACAUGGCGUCGUUGUGCAGCCGAAAAAUUCCUCUUGUGACCAGCGCUGUUUGGAGGUGUUCGAGGCCUCUUUCCACUGCGAGCGUCCUGUCGUGCUACAAGCAAGUCCAUCCUCCGGAACCUGGACCUAGCAUGAGAGAACAGGUCGAUGACCUGUCGAGGCGUAUAUUCCUCACUGAGCUCCUGAGGGGUCUGGCCGUCACGACCGGCACACUUUUCAAAGAGCCAGCCACCAUCAACUAUCCAUUCGAGAAAGGCCCCCUGAGUCCUCGCUUUAGAGGAGAGCACGCCCUGCGUCGCUACCCAUCGGGAGAGGAGCGUUGCAUCGCAUGCAAGCUGUGCGAGGCCAUCUGCCCGGCACAGGCCAUCACCAUCGAGGCUGAGGAGCGAGCGGAUGGAAGCCGACGAACGACCCGUUACGAUAUCGACAUGACGAAGUGCAUCUACUGCGGUUUCUGUCAGGAGGCCUGUCCCGUCGACGCAAUCGUCGAAGGCCCCAACUUUGAGUACACAACGGAAACACACGAGGAGCUCUUGUACAACAAGGAAAAGCUUCUAAACAACGGUGACAAGUGGGAACCAGAGCUCGCUGCCAACAUUCAAGCAGACUACUUGUACCGAUAGAGAGUCAUCGCCUUGUGGACUGCUCUGGUGUUCGUCCAAAGCCUUUCUCCCCGUAGGAAUGUACAUAAGUGGAGGCCUAUUAAAUAUUUAGGCUUCCUG